UGCCCCACCCCUCCCCAGCCUAAUAAAGGCCCAGGCCAGGCCAGGUUCUCUCACCUCACUUGUCCCUCACUGGUCCAGGCAGGUGCUCACCUGUCCUGUCCCUCACUGGUCCAGAGUGCCCCUCCCACCAGCCAUGAGGCUCCUCCUGUCGCUCCCGGUCCUGCUGGUGGCUCUGUGGAUGGUCUGCGAAGGCCCAUCCCUGGCCCAGGCGGGCCCGGAGCCCUCCAGCAUCCUGGAUGCCAUCCCGGAUAUCGUGAAAGAGAGUGCACACACGCUGGGCAACAAGGAUCAGGGAGUCCCUGACAAGUUGAAGAAGAACGACUCUGCUUCAAUGACCUGGGCACCCGUAUUGAAGCCAACAGGGAAAUUAUAUCACAAGCCUACACCACAACACCUGCAUGUACCAAAAGACAAGCAUACCCCAAAACUCCACUCCACGAAACACCAGGAGGGGUGGCUACCGUCCUGGCUGCCGUGUCCGUGAAGAAGGCUCUGAAAUUCUCCAUACCCUGGGCACCUGUACAGGAGAUUUCCCACAUGAUGCCCCAUAUUCCCCCCACCCCCACCAGCAAUAAAAAUGCUAGAGAGAAUUCUGAGUGCUUCUUUGCUGUGGGAGGGGGGCUAUGGGACAGGGUGGGGGUCGUGCCUUCAGGGAAGAGAGGCAAGGACUCACCUGUAUCGAACAUUCUCUACUUGCUCUGUGCUGAGGACUUUGAAUUUCACGAUCUCAAAAGAAUCCUCACAAGAACCUUGCGAGCUGGGCCCUAUUAUUCCCAUGAGGGCAUCAAGACCUGUGAGUUGAAGGUGUCACCACGGGCCCCCCAGGACCAGUUCAACUGACCCCAUCUUAUCCACAGAGUAAUUACGAGUGGUUUUUCAGGAACUGAGACCCCUCGUCCAGUUCAGGCUGGUUGAGACCACCAACCCAUCAACUGGGCCUGCAAAUUCUCCAGAAGUGACCUUUUGACGUCAAGAGGGUAAAGACUCCACCCUCAGAUCAUGCUAAUGCCUCCAUUUUGUGAACACGCGUCCUUAUGAAGAGGCACGAAGCUUGACUACGCUUGCACAGAUUAUCAAUUACCUCACCUCUCCUCCCCUCCAAUCAUCUAUUCCCACUUCAGACCAUCCUGCUCCUACCCCAUAAAUAUCCUUGGGUCCCUAUUUUUGGGACAGUGGAUCUGAGAUUGAUUCUCCUGCCUCCUCGCUUGGCCGCCUUGUGAUUA